UGUUUAGCUAAUCACGCCUUUUGUCUUCUAUAUCCGAUGGCGACCUGUAGCGACGAAGAAACCAGAAACCUAGUCCGGUCGCCACACCCAUCGUUGCCCUCCUCGCACCUCUUAUGCCCCUGCCGCCGUGCCGGCCUCCUCCUCGAAGAAGCGCUUCCCUGUCGCCGAGGCGUCGGCCCUCGAUUCCGGAGUGGAAUCCAGUGAUUAGCGGCGAUGGUCGAGAGGAGGAGGAGGUGAGGCCGGUGGUGUUGAAUGACAGAGAGUAUGCGGAUGGGAUCGGGAGGAUCGAGGAUCAGGGAAUCAGAGGUGGUGUUCCGGCCAAGUUCUUGUACCGGGAAUCGGCGCCGGCGUACUGGAGGGCCAAGGAGAAAAGCUAUUUGUUGCUGUUCCAUCCCACAUAUUCAAGUUUUGGACAUUUCUAGAAAUAAUGUUUUAGGUAUGCAUCCAUCAAAUGGUUCGUUUCUGCUAGAAAUCUAUCAAACAUUUGUGGUACUUGUGAAGCGAUUGUUUGUAUUUAGUAAUGCAUUUGCGCAAUCCAAUUUCCUAUAUGGCAAUGGAAUUGUGACUAAAAUGGGUUAUGGAAGUUAGUUUCCUUAACUGUUAAGAUGAAUUCCAAAUAUUUUAUAAUACACAUAACAAGUAGCAUCCUCUCCAUCUUGCAAACCAAAAUGUGGUAAUACAUUGAGAAGUUAUUUUUGUGAUUCACAAUACAUAUUUUAGCAUAAUAUUCAAGUUGCAAAAGUGGGUAAGAAAAGAUUAUUUGUAGGCUGCCAAUGUCUUGUUUCAGUCUUCAAAAUCUUGAUCAAAUCCCACUAUAGAUGGGGAUGGUUUGCUGUGGCAACAUUCUGACAACCAUCAUAAGCUUGUCUUUGAGUUUUUGUUACUUGUUUCCACUAUUCUUAGUUCGUUCUUGGUAACUUUAUUAACAUAAACACACUUCACACCAGCUUCUAUCCUUCUACAUCAAGGUUGGGGGUUGGCAUAUGGCAGAAGGUACCAUCUUCUUGCUCUUGUAAAACAAUGACAAAUGAAAACUUGUUUAAUAUAAGGAUGGUCAUGUUGGUUGUACCAAGACAUGGCUAGGUCAAGUUUUGGUCUAUGUUGGCUGGCACAGGUGGCAUGCCAGUUGGCACCG